AAUUGUGUCUAUCUCAUCUGAUGUUGGUUUUAUUGCUGGUUGCAAUCAUCCGCAUUAUUAAUCAAUAUUAUACAACAAUUAUCAUUAAUUUCAUCACCUUGUGUUCGACCAACGUGGGCAACUUCUUAUUUGCCUAUUAGGCGACACCUGUUUGAGUUGUCGGAAACAAAAUAAUUCAACGUUAUACAACGGCAGAAAUAUUCUUAGCAUUUUUGAUUUGCAGUGCUGGAUUGUUUUGUUUAGUUGGCAACUUGACGUGUUAUUGCGAAUAGCACUCAACGAAAGAAGCUAACAAUAAGUAGCGGACGCGCUUCCACAUACAGAUGAUAUCCUGGAUUAAUCCAAUAGUUAGGAAAAGUGGAACGAACACAUCUCGAUGUAAAUUGGGUGGAGCAUGAGAAGUGACAUGAUCCGACGCAGAAUCCAUCCCGGUUCGCGAACAACUUUUAUCCCGAGGCCUUGAAAAAUUUUUGUAAUGUUGAAAACCACUCGAAAUGUUACAGAAAGUGAAGUUUACAACUUUCACACUGAAAAAGUGUGCCAUUGCACCUAUCGGGCGAUCUUGUGUCCGAAACGUUGGGGCGAUCGUUUUCGAUGACAACAUCAUUUGAAAUUCUGAUUUGAACAAUGCCGUCGAACGUGUUCUUUAAAUGAAGUCAAUUCAUAUGGGCCGAACAACAACGUCCAUACAGUCGGAUCCGAGCAAAUUACAUGUGCUCAUAACAUUGUGCUAUUGUUUCAAAAUGUAAGCAAAUACGAUGAUAGGUACAUUCGAAGGCAUAACGUAAAAAUCGUAAUGACAGUUUAAUGGCGAUGGGCUUGUUACUGUGGUUUAUGAUUAACGUGUGAAUGACAAUCCUGAUUGACGAACAUUUCCAUAAUUUGUUCAUUUCGUUUGAUGGUAUCCGUUUCAAAACGCAAAAGUUUAUGAAGUAGCCCACUUUUGUGCAUUUGUUUUGAGAAGCUGUGUCACUCAUGCAUUCAUUUGCACAGUCAAGAUGAUACAAUCAUUAUUCUUUAUCGGGAUAACAUAAUUUUUAUGGCCAUCCGCCAUAAGUGGCUACUGUAAGAUGCCGGGAAUAAUAUGGUACCAUCUGCUUGCUCUAGCAGGAAUAUUUUAUGCUAGCAUAAAAUGCACUGGUGCCGCAGAUGACAACGAACUUAUCCGAACCAUAUUUUCGCAAAGGCUUGACUCGGCGCAGCGUCAGAUUCCGGUGACCUUCUGUCGACCGGAUAUCAGUCCUAAUCUGACGAAGGCGGGCUUUUGCUGCUCCAUGGAUGAUUUGGAUCUUCUGUGCUCCACGCUAGAAAUCAGUACGGCGUUAAAGCCGUGUGCUGCGUAUCUUGGGAAUUUUUGCUGCUAUCGGAGUAUAUCGCAAGGCAACAGUUUUACCUCAGGUUCAUCCGUUCCGGUGGUUCCCUCGUCGACCGAGACAAUUCCAACGGCACCGUCAGCGGCACCGGCAACCAGUCAAGCAACGGCCGCCCCUACAAACCCUGUAAGCAUAUCAACCAGAUCCACGACGACAUCUACCACCACAACAACAAGCACCACGCCGACAACAACGACAACAACCUCCACCACCACCACCACAACGACAGCAGCCGCCACAGCACCACCCACGACACUCUCCAGCGGCGGUACAACGACAACGACACCACUCAAUCUGGUUGUCGGUCCCAAUGAUCCCAACUUGCUGGACACGUCCAAACCGGAAGUUCAACAGCUCAUCUUAGAUUUGCAUAAUCAAGUCAGGCGUAGUCAAAAGGCGGCUAACAUGCUGAAAAUGCAGUGGGAUCCGGUAGCGGCGUCUGUCGCGCAGGACUGGGCCAAUCGCUGUGUGGCGCAGCACGGACCGUCUGUCCGCAACGGCACAAUUUUUAGCGGGUGCGGUCAGAAUAUUGCCAACGGAAAUGGCAUUCAAAGCUGGAACUUUAGUGUUCAGAUUUGGGGACCGAACGAGCAAAAAUUGUUCACUUUUGGCAUGGACCCGUGUCCCAACGAUUUCUAUGAAGUAGUAGGACAUUAUACUCAAAUGGUAUGGUAUCGAACGUGGAUGGUUGGAUGUGGAUUUGCAGCCUGUCCGAAUCCAGUGGGAAAUUUCUUCGUAUGCAACUACUGUCCAGCGGGUAAUGUCGGUGCGGUAUGCACCCCUUAUCUGCCUGGAACACCUGAAAAUGGAGGUGUCUGUGGGAAAUGUGGAGGCAUAAACGAUCCAAAAUGUGAUAACGGAUUAUGCACAACACCUUGCUCAUUCACAAAUCAGUUUAGCAACUGUGAUUCUCCCGAUCCAAGCAAUCCCGCACUCUUCCCUGCACUGAUCCCCGACACUUCCGCCUGCUCCAACACAAACGAUCAAUUUGUAAAAGCUUGUGCUGCAUCUUGCAACUGCCGCCCAAACAACCUUAUUUAUUAGAGAAACUGAAAUUGUUAUAUUUUGUUAUAAAAACGUCUUUUUUCUAGUUCCUGCGAUGUAUCAACAAAAGCGUCGAAAUGCGUGUUUGACUGAUGUAUAAACAAUAUUUUGGAACUCACAAUGUAUAUUUUGUACAGAUAAUUAUAAA